AUGCGACUGAAUAUGGACUAUAUGAUCGAGAUGAUUUGGGAAUAUUUGGCCCUUAUUCGUAUUUACACUAAGAAGCCCGGAAAUGCACCCGAUUUGGGUCCUAGUGACGGUGUCAUCUUGAGACGUGGUGCGACCGUAGAACAUGCAUGCCAUGCACUGCAUCGAACCCUGGUUGCACAGUUCCGAUAUGCGAUCGUUUGGGGAACAAGCACCAAAUUUUCACCGCAACGAGUGGGAAUCCAUCAUAAGCUGCAUCAUGAAGAUGUCGUUCAGAUUGUCAAAAAAUAA